AGAAGACGGGCGCAUUUGUGGAUUUCCCUCUAAUUUGGAUAACUUGGAGCUUGCUUUUUACAUUUUAAACACAUUUUAAACCAAGGAACUAACGCAGGAUUCGUUUUUGAGUGAAGAAGGAUAUAUACGAGCGUUUUGAAUAUUUUUGUUUUCACUUUUACGCGCGUGUGGAAUAGCGGAGCGCUGCUGUGAAGGCUGGUAUAUUUUGGUUGGUGCGAGCUGCCUUGGGGAAGCGAGGAUGGCAGCUUGGAUCACCUUAACCAUUGCUUUUAGUACUACAUUAUUAUCACAGGUCUUUGGAACAGGCGUUUUUGAGCUCAACCUGCAUGAAUUUAAAAACAAUAAAGGCUUAUUGGCGAAUGGUAGCGCUUGCAAACCGAACUGUAGGACUUAUUUCAGAAUUUGCCUGAAGAAUUAUCAAGCGGUAGUGUCACCAGGGGACUGCAUAUUUGGGAGUUCAGUGACACCGGUGCUGGGGACCAACUAUUUCAACGCGAAAGAGAGCGGCACCGUACCUAAGCCAAUUCAGAUACCGUUCAACUUCGGAUGGCCGGGCUCGUUCUCGUUAAUAAUUGAGGCCUGGCAUUCACCUUAUGGAAGUCUACCUGCAGAUAGCUCAAGCUCUGACCUCCUGAUCAGUUUCUUCGCGAUUCAGAAGCAGUUGGCCGUGGGUGCGGACUGGUCCCAGAGUGUGCAGUUGUGGAGGCAGACAGAGCUCCGCUAUUCGUACAGGUUCAUCUGUAACGAGAGCUACUACGGGGAGUCCUGCUCCAAGAAGUGCACCCCACGAGAUGACCGUUUUGGGCACUACACCUGCACCAGAGACGGGCGGCUGGCCUGUCUACCCGGGUGGAAGGGCAAAUACUGCGAAGAACCGAUCUGUCUGGAAGGCUGCAGUGAGAGGAAUGGAAACUGUUCCAGCCCCGGAGAGUGUGUGUGCAGAGAUGGUUGGCAGGGCCCCUUCUGUGAUGAGUGUAGGAAGUACCCCGCCUGUAAACAUGGGACCUGUGAACUGCCCUGGCAAUGCAACUGUCAGGAGGGAUGGGGAGGCCUGCUGUGUGACCAAGACCUAAACUUUUGCACCCAUCACCAGCCGUGCGUGAACGGUGCCACCUGCAUGAACAGCGGGCAGGGCAGCUACACCUGCACCUGUCUGCCCGGGUACACAGGAAAGGACUGUGAGCUGCUCAUGCAAGAGUGUGACAGCGCCCCCUGCAGGAACGGUGGAGUGUGCAAGAACUUGGAGCAGGGGUACCAGUGCUCUUGCCCCCCUGGUUUCGAGGGCUCUCACUGCGAGCACAGCCUCCUCACCUGCGCAGACUCGCCCUGUUUCCAUGGCGGCCGCUGCAGUGAGAGAGAGGGGGGGCGGAGCUACAGGUGCGACUGUCCCAGGAGCUACACCGGCCUCAACUGCGAGAAGAAGGUUGACAAGUGCACCUCCCUGCCCUGCGCCAAUGGUGGACAGUGCCUGAUCCACGGCGGCGUCAGCAAGUGCAGUUGCCGCGCCGGGUUCGUGGGCACUCGCUGUGAGAUCAACAUCAACGAAUGCGCCAGAAACCCCUGUCUGAACGGAGGCACCUGCCAGGACCGAAUCAGCGACUACGUCUGUCAGUGCCCGAGCGGUUUCACAGGACGAAACUGCGAUCGCAUCCUCGACCCCUGCACCGUCCAACCAUGCCUCAACGGGGGAUUCUGCAGCACCACCAACUCGCCCGGGAAUACUGGUCUACCCACUUGUAUUUGCCCAACCGGAGUAACUGGACCUCGCUGUGAGUACUUCGCAGCUGUGGCGCCGUCUACCAACCAAGGAGGAUUCCAGUGGGCGGCGGUUUCGUUAGCGAUCGGUCUGGUGGCGUUGCUGGUUCUGCUUUGUAUGGUCGGAUUGGCGCUGAGGCACAUUUACCGGCAACGUCAAAGAGAAAGAGAAGACACGGAAACGAUGAACAAUUUGUCGAAUGUGCAAAAGGAUAAUCUAAUACCAGCGUCGCAACUUAAAAAUACAAAUCAUAAACUUGGGCUGGAGGUGGACUGUGACUCUGAGAAAUCAAACUUCAUUCAUAAAAACUAUCACUUGGAUUCGUACAACUCCAAACAGAAGGAGUUUAAAGACGAGAAUUCACAACAGGAGAAAAGUUUAAUUUAUGACAAGUGUUUAGAAGACAAAAGGACUUCAAGAAUUUACAGAGAAAAGCCAGAGUGUCGGAUAUCCACAGUAUGCUCCAGCAGAGACUCCAUGUACCAGUCUGUGUUUGUGAUCGCGGAGGAGAGGAGAGAGUGCGUCAUAGCAACAGAGGUAUAAUCAAUGAGGAAUCUGAAGUCUGAACGAACUCGGAAAGAGACACAAUUGACAAUAUUUGUUUACAAAACGCCGAGAGGAGACUCCACUGCUGCUUUCAGACACUUGAGAACUGGAAAUAAAAAAUAAAAAACUCUACAAAAACUGACAAACUUUAUUAAUGACGUGGAGUUUGUGUUCAAGAACAUGUACAGCGAAGGACCUCUUUAAAACAACAGACUGAUGCGACGUCAGCGAAAAUCAUUAUUUAUAAAAUCGUCAGCCAUCUUGGACAGUUAAAGGAUUAUACAGCGAGAUGAGAUCCCUCGAAAUGGCCUUUUUUGUGAUAAUCAAGACAUUUUUUCAGCCAACCAAUCAAUCAACACCUGUGCCUACAACAUCCAAGUCAAUCCCCUUACGGACACUGCUCACCAGCUUCGCCUGCUAUGCAAAAAGGAACGCAAUCCAACCUCGAAAAUGCUGUAAUGUAUGUUUGAAAAGUUAAUCGAAAAACUGUCAAUCAAAACACUGCAAAAACAAAAACCAUAUGACUUAAAAUGACUUGAAGUAAAAAAAAAAGAGUAUUCUUGACUCAUUUAGAUUCAUUUAUUAGACUUGAAUAAAAAAAUGUGAGUAGAUCUGACUAGUUUUGACCUUAAGCAAUUUUCUUGUUUAAAUAUAUUUACAAGUUUAUUAGUCAAGUUUUUUUCAUUCCAUCAGUUUUUUGCUAAUGUUUUCAGUUUGUUUAAGAUUGGUGAGUAAAUUAAAUUAAAAAGGACAUAAAAUAACAAUUGUUUUAAUAUAUUUACCAUUAGUUUCAAAAUAAAAAAUCUUAAUUAUAUCAUUUAUUAUUUGUCUGUGAAGUUGUUUUAGUUUUGAGUUGUUAGUAAAGUUAAGGUUGGUCAGUAAAAUAGCUUAAAAAUUUGAAAAUAUAUUGAUACGAGUAGGGAAUUUCUCAAAACAAGCCAACUAAUCUAGGUUUAAAUGUACAAAAUUCUUGAAUUCUUGCCCGAAUCAAGAUUAAUAUUGUAAUUUCAAGUCAUUUUAACUCAUAGAUUUUGAAUUUUGCUGUGAAAAGACAAUAGAAGGUUGGACUUUGUAACAUGUAAAGGUGAAGAUUGUAUGAAGCCUGAAUGAAGCCUUAAUAUGAAAUAAAAGAGAAGGGAAUUGUUGCAAAAAUUCAUGCUCUUUGGCUAUUCUUGGAUCAUUUGCACUAUAAAAAAUGAAUAGUUUUUGGAGGAAUUGGAUUUUAAUCAAUAAAAAAAAAGUUAAAAAUCUAUAAAUGAAACCACAGAAAUGUGUUUAAGUGCCGUGCCAGCAGGAUCCAAGAAGCAAAGAGCCCAUUCAAAGUGCUUUUAUGAAAAAUUCAAAACAUACACUGCAAAAAAUAAUGCCCACAUGAAAUAUAAUGACUUGAAUUCAGAAUCUUGAUUUGAAUUAACUCAGCUUUUUUAAAUUCAGUGUCAGUAGUUCUCAAUUAAUAAGUCUUCAUGUUUUUUUUCCUGUUACUUCCAAAUAUUUGCCAUUGGGGUAAAAUACUUAAUCUUAUAUAACCAUAAAGACGCACUGUGUAACUUUUCUGGUAGAAGAUAUCCAACAUGCUUGUUACAUAAACAAAUAGAAGUGAUUUUAUUGAUUUCAAAUGUAUUGGAAAUCAUAUAUAUUUGUAUGAUUUGACCUGUAACUUGGCCUGGUGGUCUCCAUGGUGACAGAUACAUUUUAUAAUACCAUAUUGUGAAACAUUUUAGGGCAAAACAAAGACGUUUAGCUGUUGGUGUACUCUACCAGAAAUGUUUUUGUUGCGUAUGUUUUAUUGUUUUUUCACAAAAGAUUACAAUGUCGAAUCAACAGUUCAAAACAUCUUAAAUCAGGCAAAGCAAUCAAGUGUCAUUUUUGUAAUUACUUCAGUCUGAACAAGUCCAAACUCCUCAAAUCUAUCUAAUAUUUUGAAUUCAAGUCAUUUAUUUCUUGCAGUGAAGUAAAAGACUGUCUCACCACUGCCUGCCUAUAAGAACUCUCCAAACCACAGAACCAAUAAUGUAAUUUUUUAAAGUGAUGAUUUCAGAGUUUAAUUUAAAUAUGACACUCCUCUUUAUAUGUUUUAUAAUGUUAUUUUGUAUAUAAUGCAUAUUUAUAAGGACCAAACCAGAAGUGAGAAUAAACGGUUUUUAAUGUGAUGGUGUAA